AAAAAACUUGUCAUUGCUGCUAAGACCACAGGUAUUGGUCAACUACAAGUUUCUGGCUAGAAGGGAACAGGCCAGGAGAGAGGGGUGGACAUGCUGACGAAGCUCCAGUUCUCCUUGUCGGUCACCCUGCUGUUUGCCUGUGGCUUCCUCUACCAGUUCACCCUGAAGCCCAGCUGCCUCAUCUGCUACCUACCUUCCUACAAGUCGCAGCAGGGGCUGGAAGCCCUCCUGGGCCGUGGGCGCAGCAUCGUGUUCCUAGAGACCUCGGAGAGGAUGGAGCCAACCCCGCUGGUCUCCUGUGCUGUGGAGUCAGCUGCAAAGGUUUACCCCGAGCAGCCUGUGCUGCUACUUAUGAAAGGGCUCAAUAAUUCCAUGCAGCUGCCCCUGAACUCCACUUUCCCAGCCCUUUCCCUCCUCUCAGCGAUUGACAAUGUUUUCCUCUUCCCUUUGGAUAUGAAAAGCCUGUUUGAAGACACACCGUUGUUUUCGUGGUACACUCAAAUCAACAGCAGUACCGAGAGAUUCUGGCUCCAUAUCAGCUCAGAUGCAUCCCGCUUGGCCUUCAUCUGGAAGUACGGCGGUGUCUACAUGGACACAGAUGUCAUCUCCAUCAGACCCAUUCCUGAGGACAACUUUCUGGCUGCACAGAAAUCUCAGUUCUCCAGUAAUGGGGUGUUUGGAUUUCUCCCCCACCACCCCUUUCUGUGGGAGUGCAUGGAAAACUUUGUGGAAAAUUACAAUCCAAAUAUUUGGGGCCACCAGGGUCCCGAAUUGAUGACAAGGCUUUUGAGAGUAUGGUGCAAACUCAGAGACUUCCAGGAGGUGAGUGACCUCAAGUGUUUAAACUUCUCCUUCCUACACCCCGAAAGAUUUUACCCCAUCUCUUUUCGAGCCUGGCGGCGCUAUUAUGAAGUCUGGGAUACGGAACCGAGCUUCAACAAUUCCUAUGCCCUCCAUCUGUGGAACCACAUGAACCAGGAAAGGAAGGCUGUGGUCAGAGGAAGCAAUACACUGGUGGAAAAUCUCUACCGUAAGCACUGUCCCAAGACUUACAGGGACCUGCUUCAAGGUCCAGAGGGGUCAGUGACUAAGGAGCAGGGUCGAGGUAACAAAUAAGCCAAUGCUGAGUUGUUGGUGCAACACUGCAGGUUUAGCCACUUCCUGGAGUGCUAGGCUUUCACCUGAUCUCCACUUCCCUGGAGUGUAGAGGCUCACCCAUAUAUCAGUUACAGUCACAAUUUUCCAUGUCGUUUCACCAAAAAACCAUUAGAACUAAUAAAUGAACUCAGUAAGUUGACAAAAUCAAUACACAAAAAUCAGCUACAUUUCUAACCACUAAUAAUGAACCAUCAGAAAGAAAAAGAAAACAAUUCUAUUAACAUUUGCAUCAAAAAGAACAAAACACCUAGGAAUAAAUUUAACCAAGGAUGUGAAAGCCCUGCAUAUUGAAAGCUUUAGGACACUGAUGAAGAAACUGAAGAAGAUACAAGGAAACAGAAAGAUAUCAUAUACUCAUGAAAGAUGAGGACUUCGCUGGUGGCUCAGAUGGUAAAGUGUCUGCCUACAACACGGGUAGACCCGGGUUCAAUCCCUGGGUUGGGACGACCUCCUGGAGAAGGAAAUGGCAACCCACUCCAGUAUACUUGCCUGGAAAAUUCCAUGGACAGAGGAGCCUGGUAGGCUAUACUCUCCAUGGGGUCACAAAGAGUUGGACACGAUUGAGUGACUUCACUUUUCACUUUCAUGAAGGAUGAAUAUUGUUAAAAUGUCCAUUCUAUCCAAAGCAAUGUGCACACUGAAAGCAAUUUAUACCAAAAUUCCAAUGGCAUUUUUCUCAGAAAUAGAGCAAAGAAUCCUGAUAUUUAUGUUGAACAACAAAGGACCAGGAAUAGCUAAAGCAGUCUUCAGAAAAGAGAACGGGUUGGAGGUGUCUUGCUCCCUGACUUCAAACUGUAUUUUGAAGCUACAGAUAAGUAGAACAAUUGUUGAGCUCAAAAACAGACCCACAGGCCAGAGGACCAGAAGAGAGAGCCCAGAAAUAAACCUACAUGGAUGUGGUCAGUUUAUUUAUAGCCAAAGGGUCAAGAACAUACAGCCGGGCAAGUGCAAUCCCCUCAAUAAGCAAUGCAAGGAAAACUGGACACCACACCAAAGAAUGACACUGGACACAGUAUACAUUGCACAUACCAUGGGCUAAAAACCUACACUUUUCCACAUCAAGACCUUCCUUUCCUGGGUCCUCUGAAGAUGGACUCCCCCAACCCCCACCAACCCUCAACUCCUGGCAGUCAGUUGCACACAAGAAGUUUCUCCCCACCUUCCCUCAUCUCACUUUUCCCUCACCUUUUUCUCCCCAUGGGACCUCCUAGGGCGUGUCCUGAGAAAACUGUUCCUAUCUGCAUGGACACAGCAUCAUAUUGUGCUCAAGUUGAAACCUCAGCAGGUCGUAAGAAGACUGAGCUCUCACAGCACUGACCUGUGGUAUGCGGAAGCUGAACCCGUACCGGUGCUGAAGGAGGAGGAGCUCCUGCAACACAGCGAGCUGAAAACUCUCACGUGCCCCUGCUCACUGCUCCCUGCAGGCAGUGGGGAAUUGCAGGCCCCGCUUGUCAGUUGGGAUGGGUGGACUGUGUCUACAAUAAAAAUCCCAAAGAGCAUUGGUAUAUAAAAUAUAGAAGUUUCUCUUUCAUGUAAAAGUAGCCUGAAGGUAGGCAGAUGAGGGUGGGUAUGGCCACUGCAGUCGUCAGGGACCCCAGCUUCUUGUAUCUUUCUGCUUACCGUCUUAGUGUCCACAGGCCAUGGUUCAUACUGCAGCUUGGUCUCCAGUCCGUCAUUUCUGCAUUUCAGGCAGCAGGAUGAAGGAAAGAGGAAAGGUGCACUUUCCUUAUUUUAUAAACUCUUCCUGCAACUUACCAUAUAACACUUAACCUUACAUCUCAGUGAUCAGUAUGUAGCUGCAAGAGAGGCUGGAACAUUUAAGGAGGAAGAGAAAACAGGUGUUAUGAUAGGCGGUCGACAGUUUUACUACAUGUUAAAUUUACUUCUGUAAGAUUAAUUAUGGAGUCUGAUAGAGCAGGGGUCCUUAACCUCUGGGCUGUGGACAGGUGUCUCCUGUCAACUCAUUGGUGGAAUUGGAUUGAAGUGCACUUGAAUCUUCUGAAAGCAUCCCCCUCCCCCCAACCCCUGGUUUGUGGAAGAAUUGUCUUCCAUGAAAUCUGUCCCUGGUGACAGAUAGGUUGAGGACAGCUGUAUUAGAGAAUUGGCUGGGGAAAAAAGAGGCUUGAUUUCUAGCCUUUAAUUUGAUACUCAUUAAAGCAUUCAGUCAGUAAUAUUAAUUCUGUCUCUCUGUGUGCCAAGCACUGAUUUAGAUGUUGAAGAUUCAGCUGGAUCAAGCAGACAAGGUCCUAAGUCAGCUUGGACUGCAAUAACAAAGUACUAUAGACUGAGUGGCUAAACCACAAAAAUGUAUUUGUCACAGUUCUAGAGGCUGGGAAGCCCAAGAUCAGGGUGCCAGCGUGGCUGAGCUCUAGAAAAGAUCCUCUUCCAAGUGACAGAUUGCAUAUUUCUUGUUGAAUCCUCACAUGGUGGAAAGAGACUAGGGAGAUCUUUGGGGUCCCUUUUAUAAGGGAACUAAUCCCAUCCAUGAGUGUUCUGCCCCUCAUGACCCAAUUACCUCCCAAAGGUGCCACUUCCUAAUAUGAUCACUUUGGGGUAGUAGGAUUUCAACAUGUGAAUUUUGAGGGGGAUCACAUUCAGUCCAUUGGAGGUCCCCAGUACUUAUAUCUAAUGACUGGCCAUAUCCUCCCUGGGAUAGUCUCCCCUGCUCCUUAGGGUGUCUGCUAUUCCCUUUUCUACCCCAGUUGUCUUAAAAAAGCAAAUCACACACUCAAAUUUUAAAAACAGCUGCCCCUUCUACAGUCACAUAAAAAUUUGCUUCCUCUUCCUAGGAGGUAUGAGAAUUAGUAUUUCUCCCACAAAUAGUCAUCAAUCAAGAUUUUCUAGAAUUUUUUUUUGAUAGUUUGUUUUUAAGGAGAGCAUACAUUUAUGUUUUUCUCCAGAUAUGAAGUGAUGAUACUUUUCAAACUACAUCCACCCAUCCCCUUUCAUUCUGAUAUUUCCCCCUUUGAGAAUCACUGCUCUGACUGUCUUACUAAAAAACAAUCGCAAGUCACGUCUCCUGCCAUAGCUUUGUUUAUUCCCAGCUAAUUGCUCUGGAUUCUUGGGUCCAGUCUGACACUACAGUGAGACUUUGAGACCUGCUGCUACUUACCGUGGCAGCCCUCUGACCUGUGUCCCCAGAGUCCCUGCUGUAUUUCAGCUCACCUGUAUGUCUCCACAAGCAUGUCUCCUAGCACUAGCCCUUUGAGGGUGGAGCAGGGUCAUACACUGGACCUAAUUUCCGCAUCUGGAGAAUGCAUGACAAAUGCAUGACUAACGUUCCUAAUCACUAGGGUUUUGAAAAGUUUGAUUAGAAAUAUUGUCAAUAUUUCAAAAAUAUAUGAACUGUUUUAUAUGAUGGGACCAAAUAGGUCAAGCUGAAUGUCACAUUUCUUUAUACUGGGCUGUGAUUGUAUGAAUUCACUCUAGCAAUAUUGAUAAUUUGACGGUUAUAGAGAGUUUUACCUGGCAGCAAGAUGUUUUUGAUUGAUAAGAUGUCAGGCAGAAAUUAAUAAUGCAUUACUUAAUAAAUGCAGUUUGUUUAGUAGAAAAGAAUAUUUCAAAACUUGGUGGCAAUGGGAAAAAUGCGUAGACUAAAAGGUAUGUGAUUAAAAAAUAAGUACUAGAGAUGUAAUGUACAACAUGGUGAUUACAGCUAACACUGCUGUGUGAAACAUGGGAAAGUUGUUAAGAGAGUAAAUGCUAGGAGUUUGCAUCACAAGGAGACAUAUUUUUUCCUUUUUUCUUUUUAUUGUAUCUAUAUGAGAAGACGGAUGUCAGUUGAAACUAUUGUGGUUGUCAUUUCACAAUAUAUGUAAAUCAUGCCAUAUACCUGAAACUUUAUAGAGUGAUAAAUAACAGUUAUUUCUCAAUAAAGCUAGAAAGAAAACAUGGUGGUGAGGAGGGUACUGGGCAAAGUAAAAAGAGUAAUGAGCCAUCAGAAAUGUGGAUUCCAGAUGACCCUGGAUUCCUUCUGGCCUUUGGUGAAUAUAUGCCACACGUUUACAUCAUGAUAUACUUUGAAGUUAGGUCAUGUUAGUGUUUCCCCCAUGUUAAUUUUUCUUUUUUUCAAAUCUGACACUCAUUCUUAGAAUUUCAAAUGAUAAGAUUGCAUAGAGUAAAAGAUGAAAGUCCCUCUUGUACCACUGUCAAGUUUGGUAUGUCUCUCACUUUUCUCUGAAUAUAUAUCCAUGCUAUUUGUAAAUAGUUUUGGCCAUAGUCUUCCAAGUAUCCCCCACUAUCAGCUUAUCUGCCCUAACUCUUCUCUCCGAGACUUCCAUG